CCAUGGUCCCGGAGCCCGGCCCUGCCAACAACAGCACCCCGGACUGGGGGUCGGGGACGCCGUCGGAGCUGGCGGGCAGCGGAUGGGUGGCGGCCGCGCUGUGCGUGGUCAUCGCGCUGACGGCGGCGGCCAACUCGCUGCUCAUCGCGCUCAUCUGCACGCAGCCCGCGCUGCGCAACACGUCCAACUUCUUCUUGGUGUCGCUCUUCACGUCGGACCUGAUGGUGGGGCUGGUGGUAAUGCCGCCCGCCAUGCUGAACGCGCUGUACGGGCGCUGGGUGCUGGCGCGCGGCCUCUGCCUGCUCUGGGCCGCCUUCGACGUGAUGUGCUGCAGCGCCUCCAUCCUCAACCUCUGCCUCAUCAGCCUGGACCGCUACCUGCUCAUCCUCUCGCCUCUGAGCUACAAGCUGCGCAUGACGCCCCCGCGCGCCCUGGGGCUUGUCCUGGGCGCCUGGAGCCUGGCUGCCCUCGCUUCCUUCCUGCCCCUGCUGCUGGGCUGGCACCAGCUGGGCCGCGUGAGGGCCCCUGCCCCGGGCCAGUGCCGCCUGCUGGCCAGCCUGCCGUUCGUCCUCGUGGCGUCGGGCCUCACUUUCUUCCUGCCCUCGGGCGCCAUCUGCUACACCUACUGCAGGAUCCUGCUGGCCGCUCGCAAGCAGGCCGUGCAGGUGGCCUCCCUCACCACCGGCACGGCCGGCCAGGCCCUGGAGACGCUGCAGGUACCCAGGACCCCACACCCAGGGAUGGAAUCAGCUGAUAGCAGGCGUCUGGCCACCAAGCACAGCAGGAAGGCCUUGAAGGCCAGUCUGACACUGGGCAUCCUGCUGGGCAUGUUCUUUGUGACCUGGCUGCCCUUCUUUGUGGCCAACAUAGCCCAGGCUGUGUGCGACUGCAUCUCCCCAGACCUCUUCGAUGUCCUCACAUGGCUGGGUUACUGCAACAGCACCAUGAACCCCAUCAUCUACCCACUCUUCAUGCGGGACUUCAAGCGGGCCCUGGGCAGGUUCCUGCCGUGUCCCCACUGCCCUGAGGAGCGCCGGGCCAGCCUCGCCUCACCCUCUAUGCGAACCUCUCACAGCGGCCCCCGGCCCGGCCUGGGCCUGCAGCACGUUCUACCACUGCCGCUGCCACCUGACUCCAGUUCUGACUCAGGCUCAGGUUCCGGUGGCUCCUCGGGCCUGCAGCGCACGGCCCAGCCCCUGCUGCCUAGAGAGGCCCCCCGGCAGCCCCUGCCCUCUGCCAGGGCUGCCGCGGUGGUCAAUUUCUUAAACAUCGAUCCUGUGGAGCCCCAGCUGCAGCUGCAUCCCCUUGGUGCUCCCACGAACUGACCCGGGCUUGGAGCUGGUCGGCGGGAGCUGGACUGGAUAGAAC